CUGCUGACAUUCUAAAAUAAACGUUUCAAAUUAGACCGCAUUAUAGAUACGCCUCUUGACAACCGGGACAGGGACGUCACGUUAAUAGUUUAAGUAACGAGCCUUAAUUUGUGUUGUAGUUACGUGGUUUGUAGCGUGUUAAAUCAGGGUUCUGGUAUUUCUAUAUUUUGUCCCAGAAACUUCCGUUUUGAAAGGUCUUCAAUUCAAUUUUCUGUAGCAGCUAGCGGCUCGCACAGAAACAUCAUCAUGGCAGCGGAGUGCGAUGUGCUGUCUGAGAUCGAGGUGCUGCAGUCCAUCUAUGUGGACGAGCUGCUGGUCAACAGGAGGGAGGACGGGGACUGGGAGGUGAGCCUGGUCCUCUACCCGUCCACGGCGGAGGAUUCGGUCUCCCAGUUUGUCCGACUCACUCUGACUUUGACUCUGGAUCAGCAGUAUCCUUUGUCCUGUCCGGCCAUCUCCAUUCAUAACCCGCGGGGGCUUUCCGAUGACAAACUCAGCAGCGUCCAGAAGAGUCUUCAGCUGGAGGCUCAGUCCUGCCUGGGCUCACCUGUGCUGUAUCAGCUGAUUGAGAAAGCAAAAGAGAUCCUGACCGAGAGCAACAUUCCUCACGGGAACUGUGUCAUCUGCUUGUAUGGCUUUAAGGAGGGAGAGGCCUUCACCAAGACCAGCUGCUAUCACUACUUCCACUGCCACUGCCUCGGCCGCUACGCCAGCCACUCGGAGAGCGAGCUCCGCCAGAGGGAGAAGGAGCUGGAGGAGGACAAGACCAGAGACAGAACAGCCUACCAGGAGCUGACGGUGGUUUGUCCGGUGUGCAGGGAGCCUCUAACGUACGACGUUGACCAGCUUCUGUCCUCCCCUGCCCCCCAGCUGCCUGAGCUGGACGAGGCAGCGAUUGGCUCGAGCUUUCAGCAGAAGUGGUGUGAACUCCAGAAGCUUUUGGAAAGACAGCGAGCUAAAGGGGGGAUCAUUGACCCGGAGGUGGAGUCGAACCGUUUUCUCAUCCACAUCAAUGAGACCCCGUCUGAAAAUGGAAACCUGGACGCAGACGUCUCCCCUGGCCCCCCGCCGGCGCCCUCUGCCUCUCAUGUUUCUUCUGAUGGAGGUGGCGUCAGAGCGGACCGGUUUGCUCCUGGACUGUCACACUGCGGAGGUCCGGGCCAGAGGCGUCAGAACCCGAUGAGGGACCAGAGGAGAGGAGGCAGGUCCAGACCACAACCCAGGAGGGCCGCUGCCAUCUCAGAGCACCUGGACAAGCUCUCUCUGUCCUCACACUGCACCGAAGGACCCACAAAAGCCAAAGCUCAGGGUAAACACGGCCAACAGGUGCAAGCAAAUGCCGAGACGGGCGGGGACGUCUCGGCAGAGCACCGUGAGACACUGCUGUCUCCAGACCAUCGGCCAGCCUUGGACACUGAAAGCCCAGAAGAUGCUGCAGACCCUGCAGGCGCUCGUGGAAGGAGAAGAGGUCCACCUGUCCUCCGCCACUGGGACGGGAGAGCUUCACGGAGCGGAGGAGGAGGAAGAGGAGGACGAGGGGGGCCCCGCAGGGGUCACAGCAGGGGCUUCCAGCACAAGGUGGAGGAGGGAGACCAGGGCCGAGAGGAGGUGCUAUGACAAAGAGCAACAGGAGGGCCAAUGGACGAACGUGCGUGUGCCUCCGUCAUCACUUUGCAUAGUUUGAAGCCCUGCAGCAGAACUGACUCUCGUAGACUCUGUUCCUCCUCGGCGUCCCCGUCAUCCCGGUCUCCAGUACGCACUUUCAUGCACACUAAUAUCAGAUACAGAUGGGUGUUGCUUUGUGUUGUGGUGCAAUAUGACUUGAGAGAAGUACAAAUUAAAUUUUCUCUGGAUGUCA